GAUUCAUUCAUUCGUGCGGUUCGGAACGAACGGCCAGGCCAGCGCCAGCGAUCGAGCGUCGGUACUUUGUGGCUUUUAAUGCUUUUUAUGUUCAAUUCAAAUCAAAUCGAGAGCGACGCAUAUUCUCCCGCUCUGCGCGUGUGGGCGUGUUGCCGUGUUACCGUGUUUUGUGAUUUGGGGAACAGUUAUUUAGUGGAUUCAAUUCGCCGUGCGGCUGAAAAUGCCGUCGGCUUUGCAGAGGCGCAGGAAUAAAGAUAGAAACCGCCGAAUCAACGCCCAGAGUAACUGAUGUCCACUUUGGCAAGCAGUCGCCCGCCUCCACUCAAAUUCAGCAUACUGAAUCGCAUCCAGCCGCAGCAGGAGGAGGAGCAGGAGCAGGAUCAGGAGGAGGGGGAGGAUCAAGAUCAGGAGGAGCAGCCGGAGGAGGCAAUGCAUCCGGACUGCCUGCCACUGCCGCUGUCGCAGCACAUCAGCAGUCCGCAGGUGGAGGAGGAGGUCGAGGACGAGUCGGACAUAGGACGCACCUCCAUCUGCAAUGAGCGGCACCUCAACAUCGAGGAUGAGGAUGAGGGGGAGUCGGCGGAUGCUGAUAUCGAGGAGGAUCUCGAUCUGGAGGACGCCGCCAGCUGUUGCAGCGAGAACAGCGUCCUGAGCGUCGGCCAGGAGCAGCAAUCCCAGGCAGCGGCCCACGCCCAGGCCCAGGCGCAGGCCCAGGUCCAUGUCCAGGCCCAGGCACGGCAGCGGCUCCUGAUGAGCCAGCUCUACCGGCCGUCGGCCUUCAGCAGUGUGUCCACAGAUCCUCCCGCCGUCUCAGUAGAUGCCGCCUCCGAUCCGGGCAGUGGUCUCGUGCCCCUGGUCGGACCCCCAGCCGGCAGCUUCCAGGAGGAGUUCCUGCGCAAGUCGCAGCUCUAUGCCGAGGAGCUGAUGAAGCAGCAGAUGCACCUGAUGGCCGCCGCCCGCGUCAAUGCCCUGACGGCGGCGGCAGCGGGCAAACAGCUGCAGAUGGCCGCAGCAGCGGCGGCGGCAGCAGCAGCAGCGGCCGCUGUAUCCGCGCCCACGGGCCAGGAUGCACUGGCUCAGCUGACGGCGACGGCGCUGGGAAUUGCAGCGCCGGGAACGGGAACGGGCACGGGACACCACUCGCACCAGCAGCAGCUGCUGAUGGCCCAGCGGGAGCAGGCCCACCACCACCUGCAACAACUGAACCACCACCAUCACCUGCAGCACCACCACCAUCACCACAACAACAACAAUGAGAAUCUGCACGAGCGGGCGCUCAAAUUCAGCAUCGACAACAUCCUGAAGGCGGACUUUGGCUCCCGUCUGGUGGGUGGCAAUGUCGGGAACCUCCAGCCGAAGAUCGGAGCAGGCGGUGGCAGUGGCGGGAGCAACAGCAACUCAAAUAGCAAUAGCAACAGCCAUCAUCCGAUCAAGGCGCCCAAGAAGUCGGGCAAGCCGCUUAAUCUGGCCCAGAGCCAGGCGGUCAACUCCAGUCUGAGCUUCUCCAGCUCCCUGGCGAACAUCUGCAGCAACAGCAACGACUCGAACAGCACCGCCACCAGCAGCAGCACUACGGCCACCACUCUGGCAGUGGAUCUGGUCAAGUCACCACCACCGUCAGGGGGAGCAGCCUCAGCAGCCAAGGAGACAGCCAAAAAAUCUGGAGAGGACUCGGGUACACCCAUCGUGUGGCCGGCGUGGGUCUAUUGCACUCGCUACAGUGAUCGCCCCAGUUCAGGUCGAAGUCCGCGAGCUCGCAAACCCAAGAAACCAUCGACGGCCAGUGCCGCGGGAGGCAGCGGGAGCAGCGACAAGGGGGAUACGGAUGCUGGCAACGUGCCGGAGGACAAGCGGCCGCGGACGGCCUUCAGUGGACCUCAGUUGGCCAGACUGAAGCACGAGUUUAAUGAGAACCGCUACCUAACGGAGAAGCGUCGUCAACAUCUGAGCGGAGAACUGGGCCUGAACGAGGCACAGAUCAAGAUCUGGUUCCAGAACAAGCGGGCCAAGCUGAAAAAGUCGAGCGGCACCAAGAACCCAUUGGCCCUGCAGCUGAUGGCCCAGGGCCUGUACAACCACUCGACGGUGCCGCUGACCCGCGAGGAGGAGGAGCUGCAGGAACUGCAAGAGGCGGCAGCCGCCUCCGCCGCCUGCAAGGAGACCUCGUAAGGGGACGGGACGGACCCUUCGGUAGCAAUAUGUAUCUACGAUUAGUAUUUAUGGAGUAGUCCGUAAGCCUAGUGCCCUAAGUUGUACAAUAUUCUAGUCCCGCAGUGCCGCACAGAGAGGUGGAGUGGGAAUCGGAUUCAGAUUCGGAUUUGGAGUCCCCUCGUACCUCGUCCCUCUGUUGCGUGCGUGUUUUGUAUAAUAUCUAAUAGAUUCAUAAAUUCACAACUAAAUAAUUUAAUAAACAUUUAAAUUAUACGCAUCUCGUGAUCGUUG